AAGCCCAUACUCCUCGCCGGCUCCGGCACGAAAUACGAACGGCGUCGGUCGGUAUUCCCCCCUGCCCCCCGUGUCCCCCAAAAGCCCCGUCCCCUCCGCCGUCACGCGCCGUCCCGAUGCCCUCUUUUUACCUUGUCUUCUCCUCCUCCUCGGGAACACUUUACUCCCCAACCCUUCUUCCCUUUUUCUCCUUGUCUUUUACCCUUCCCCAGAUCAUUUAAUUUAACCAAAUGAAUACUUUUUUUUACCGCGAGGUUAAUUUCUCUUAUAAAUAGGACGUCGUGGCUUCCCUCCUCUUUUUAAACCCGGGCCUUAUCUUUCCCGUUAUCAUCCCUCUGGUUAUCCCACAAAAAUAAUAAAGGAAGAAAAGAGAAUAAAAAGAAAGAAUAAGAUAAGAUAUUAUCCGAUUCGCAUCAUAUCUGGGAUUUUACUCCGCGUUCCAUCUUUGAGGAUUGAAAGAUGUUGGCUGUCGGAGCCGGCGGGGUGGCGGCGAAGGAAAUGGACGGCGGAGGAGCGGCGCCGAGAUCAGCUGCGGAGACGAAGGCUCACCGGAGCCACAGCGAGGCGGAGAGGAAGCGGCGGCAGCGGAUCAACGGCCACCUUGCCACCCUCCGGAGCCUCCUCCCAGCGGCCGCCAGAAUGGACAAGGCGACGUUGCUGGGGGAGGUGGUGAGGCACGUGAGGGAGCUGAAGGGUAUGGCGGAUGACGUGGCGGUGGUGGUCCCCGGGGAGGGGGACGAGGUAGGAGUGGAAGAGAAUGGGGAGGGGGAGGAACGGAGGGUGAGGGCGUGGGUGUGCUGCGCGGACCGGCCGGGGUUGAUGGGGGAGCUGAGCCGGGCGGUCGGGUCGGUGCGGGCCAGGGCGGUCCGGGCGGAGAUGACGACGGUCGGGGGGAGGACGAGGAGCGUGCUGGAGGUGGAGAUGAUGGAGGUGAAAGGAGGAGGAGGGGAGGAGGGGCGGCCGGCUGCGGCGGCGCUGCAGGCCGCGCUACGGGCGGUGCUGCUGGCCAAGGGACCCGGUUCGGAUGGGAGGACCGCCGAGAGUUUCAAGCGGCCCCGCCUUGCAUCCCGGUUCAACACCACGUAGAUUAACUCUUUUCUUUUUCCGUUUUAUUCUAUUCUGAAAAAAAAAAAAAAAAUAGUGCUAUAGUAGCAUGGUGAUACUUCUGCUUGUUGGCGUAUACUAGAGUAUGUUUUGUGGUGAACGAUGCGGUACCCAAACAGAUGCAACGUCUCGCUGGCGUACACUUACCCCUCAUUCCUGUGGCUGUAAAGCAGCCUUUUUUUGUGGCAUGCAUGCUGAUGGGAACUUUAAAUAAGCUGAACUUGACCUUGUGACAUGGAUGGAAUAACAACUAAUGCUGGUGAUAUAAUAUAUAUCCGGGAUCCAUUGUGGUGCAUCGGCAUACUACAGAGCAU